AUGGCUAUAUCACAAUUAUCACCAAUCUCAGAAUCAUUUGAAAAACUUCAAAAUCCCGUAGAAGUUCCAAUUCCCUACGAAACGCAAAUAUCGAAAAAAUCUGUCGCAGCCUUAUCUGAACGAUCAUGUACUGUUUGUUUGGAACUAAAACCAAUACAAGAAUACGAAGUAUAUGCUAGUACGAACUGCUCACAUCCAACUCGGACAAUAUGUGAUAUUUGCAUGUAUGAAUAUGUACGCAAUACUUGGAAUAUUGCCAUAGAUAUCCAAUGUCCAGAAUGUUCUGCCCCUUUACCACAUGUUACAGUUAAACAAAUACUUAUUUGCAACGAUGAUGAUGCUCUCUAUGAACGUUUCGCCAAAUUAAAUCUUGAUCGAUCACUCGAACAACAUCCGGAAUUCAUUUGGUGUGCUCAUGGAUGUGGUUCCGGUCAAUUAAAUGAAGGUGGCACUAUGAAUAUGACUGUCAUAUGUACUAAUUGUCAGAAAUCAACUUGUUUCAAACAUCGAUCUCCGUGGCACGAAGGAAUGACUUGUGAAGAGUAUGACAUGCCUCGGAAUGCUGGUCAACAACACGCUAGUGAACGUUGGAUCAAUGGCAAUACAAAAGCAUGUCCAAAAUGCCAUGCACAUAUCGAAAAGAAUGAAGGUUGCGAUCAUAUGACAUGUGCUAAAUGUAAACAUGAAUUUUGUUGGCAAUGCUUGGUAUCUUAUGCAGGAAGCGAAUAUUAUGCAAUUUCACUCGGUGGCCAAGAACAUUGGGCUCGUGUAAUAUGGAAUAAGAUGCACAUUAAACGAACUUCACCGCUAGCAUGUUACGGCUGCACAGGUAUAUGGAUGGGAUCAUAUUCACGUUCGCAUAGCAAAACACAUGAAAAGCGUGAGAAUCGAACAAAAUUUAGUUUGAACAAUUCUCAAAAUCAGACAGUAAUGACGAGUAAUAGUGGUGCGGAAAAGUCAUUACCCAACAACUUACUUCGUGGCAUUCCUGAUUUUAUACUGGCAGCCGGAAGACUUACAGAAGCCGAACAUAACAUCGUUAAAGAAACCACAGAUUGGAACGUUCCGGUUUUCCUCGUUCGUAGUAAAGCGAAAAUAGAUUGUGAGAGUUGGAAACGUCGAAAAAUAGAAGAAUCCGAAGUUAAAAAGAAUAUUAGAAAAAAUUUGAAUGGGAAUGAAAUUCUGCCUACAAAUAUGUAUGUCAUCGAUACACAUCAUCCAGACUUAUUUGAAUAUAAAAAAUUCAAACAAGCUUUGUUACGAUAA